AUGAUUACCGACGUGCAGCUAGCCGUUUUCGCGAAUGUUUUGGGUGUGACAAUAUUUCUCUUAGUCAUUUUGUAUCAUUACGUGGUGGCGAACGAUCCGAAAAAAAGUAAAGAAAACAAAUGA